AUGAGGAUAGAUAAAGCUCUUUUUAAUAUCGACUGUACUACUACUACUACUACUACUACUACUACUACUACUACUACUACUACUACUACUACUACUACUACUACUACUACUACUACUACUACUACUACUACUACUACUACUACUACUACUACUACUACUACUACUACUACUACUACUACUACUACUACUACUACUACUACUACUACUACUACUACUACUACUACUACUACUACUACUACUACUACUACUACUACUACUACUACUACUACUACUACUACUACUACUACUACUACUACUACUACUACUACUACUACUACUACUACUACUACUACUACUACUACUACUACUACUACUACUACUACUACUACUACUACUACUACUACUACUACUACUACUACUACUACUACUACUACUACUACUACUACUACUACUACUACUACUACUACUACUACUACUACUACUACUACUACUACUACUACUACUACUACUACUACUACUACUACUACUACUACUACUACUACUACUACUACUACUACUACUACUACUACUACUACUACUACUACUACUACUACUACUACUACUACUACUACUACUACUACUACUACUACUACUACUACUACUACUACUACUACUACUACUACUACUACUACUACUACUACUACUACUACUACUACUACUACUACUACUACUACUACUACUACUACUACUACUACUACUACUACUACUACUACUACUACUACUACUACUACUACUACUACUACUACUACUACUACUACUACUACUACUACUACUACUACUACUACUACUACUACUACUACUACUACUACUACUACUACUACUACUACUACUACUACUACUACUACUACUACUACUACUACUACUACUACUACUACUACUACUACUACUACUACUACUACUACUACUACUACUACUGCUACUACUACUACUACUACUACUACUACUACUACUACUACUACUACUACUACUACUACUACUACUACUACUACUACUACUACUACUACUACUACUACUACUAGGACCUAA